GUUGUUUUUCCCUUCACGUCGUAACAUUCCUUGUAUCAUUCUUUUCAUAAUCUUAGCACUUUCUCUUUUCUGCUUUGCUCUUAUUCACUACCAAUCUCUUUCCACUCAUCCUUCACACUAAGAACAACUCCAUCUCUAACCCAAGGAAAUGGUAGGAUGCAAGUUUUAUAUAAAGAAAAAAUCAGAUUGGCUGAGUACACUUUUGCAGAGCAAAUUUUUUAGUUCUUGUGAUGAUCAUCAAGAACUGAGAAAGAAUGAGAAAAAUGUAUUCUGCAUCGACUGUAAUAUUGAAUUUUGUAGGCAUUGUGUGAAGGCUCAUUGCCUCCAUCGCCAACUUCAGAUCUGCAAGUACGUAUACCAUGAUGUUGUGAGGCUCCAGGACAUUCAGAAACAUCUCGACUGCUCUAAAAUUCAGACAUACAAGAUUAAUGGUGAAAAGGCAGUUCAUUUGAACCCCAGACCUCAAUCCAAAGAUUCAAAACCAUCAACCAAAGCAAAAUUUGGUGCUUCUUGUGAAGCUUGUGGGAGAUACAUACAAGAUUUGCCUAAUCGCUUUUGCUCUAUUGCAUGUAAGGUCUCAGCUGCAUCAGUAAAGCCUAAAGACCAAAACCAUAAGAUGAUAACCUUCUCAAUUGACCUUUCUUGGAAGGAAAACUACAAUCAAGAAAGACAUUCAAGUGAAGAGAAUGAAUCGUCUUUUUCUUUGACAGAUAUGUCGGAGGAAACUCAAGGAUGGCUGAGUUCAACAUUGAAGCCAAGGAGACAGUUGCGCAAAAGGAAAGGAAUCCCUCGGAGGGCUCCUCUCUGUUAAUACCAAUAAAUCUUUUCUCUCUUUCUCCAAUCAUAUUCAAUUUUGGCUCAAAUGAAGGUACGCAUUUAAUUAAUAAGACCACAGCUAUAAUAAUCCUUUUAAUCUCUAAAGCCAAUCUUCAUUAAAAAAAGCUGGAUUAAUUACUUGAAAUUGGGGGGGAGAAGAGACCACUUAUUGAGGCUUGUACAGAAUGAGUAAUGGAGUCUGGUUAUAAAAUACAUAAAAUCUUUUUGUAUUUAGUUUGAUGGUAUCUCAUUAGUUCUGUUCUUUUCUUGGUGGAAAUUUGUAUCUCCUUGGUUGUUAAAUUGGAUAUUCCUCUUCACAAUACUUCUAUACUGUUCUUCCCUUCAAUAAUUUGUUCUAAUUUACAUGUUCCCUAAAUGUGCUGGUAUUAUAUGGUUCUUAUUCUUUCUUUUUUAAUCUUUGCCGUCAUAGUUUGUGAAUUUUGUCGCAAUCUGUGUCGGAGCCGGUGGAGGUGUGUUCAUGCUAGUUUUUUUUAAUGUUCUUGUCAAAUUGGGACCCUCUUUAUGGCAACAAAGUUAUGUUAAUAUUGGUGUUUCAAAUGAAUAUGGCAGACAAAAGGGUUGGCAUUAGGGUACAGAAGAUUUACCUGUGAAUAGGUAAAAUCCAGAGCAUGUCUCACAUGGAAGACUGAAUCUGAAUCACAUUAAAGCCAUACUACCAUGCCAUUCCCAUGCUUGCAAGGAGAAAGUUGAGGUUUUUUUUGUGGUGUGGUAGGCCACUGAGAUCAAUAGUUGUUGUCAUUUCUUGAUUUGGUUCCAUAACAUUCUUUUGGACUUUAUAUUUUAGUCUGAAUGAUUAUAAUUAAAUAUCUUAAAUGGGA